AUGGCUACCGAGAUCCCAGCUGAGAAAUCUGGGAAAUGUCAGUGUGAGACACACCUUGCUAAGAGCAUCCUGUACCAGAUCCUUAACAAAGAGCGUGGAAAUGAGACCAAGUGGCACCAGCAGUAUCGCAGUCCCCACCGCUCCAUGGGAAGCAAGGGCUGCUCUUGUAUGGACAGGAGAGCUGUCCUGAAAACGCCAGAAGCCACAUGCAGAAGAGCUUCUGAAGUGCUCUUGAAGACUUUAACUUUUAUUAGAAACUUGCCUUCUUUUUAUCACGUGCCUUGGGAGGAUCAGCUUGUCCUCAUACAGCAGAACUGGGGCCCGCUUUUUGUCCUGGGCAUGGCACAAGAAAGGGUGGAUUUUGACCUGAGAGAGAUUUCAGCCCCUAGCUUAUUGAAAAAAAUCCUUCUCAAUCAGUCUUUGACAGCUAGCAAUGAACUGGGCAGCUCGUCACUGGGAGCAUCUUUAGCAGAAGUUCAGAAGAUGAAGAAUUUAUUGUGGAAAUUCUGGGACCUGGACAUAAGCGCAAAAGAAUACGCCUAUCUUAAAGGAAUUAUUCUUUUUAAUUCUGGAUGCCAUGUCCUAAAAUGUUUCCCCUAUGUACAAACACUGCAGCAGGAAGCUCAGCAAGCCUUGAUGGAGUUUACCUCAAUGAUGUUCCAUAGAAACCUAAGCAGGUUUGCUUGGAUUCUGCAGCUAAUCGGCUCUCUUCGAGACAUUGAUGCAGAUGCUAUUGAAGAGCUCUUCUUCAGGCCGGUCUUAGGAGAGGCCACCCUAACUGUAUUACUUCUAGAAACCCUAUAUAUCAAGUCAGACUGGCUUUGA